AUAUCUACCCAGAGUGCUCCUGUAUUUAAGUUGACAGGUGUCCGAUUCAACACACCUCAGACGAACCACUCCCAGAGAAAAUGACGUGACCUACAGCCUAUAGCUUAUAAAUACACGACUUAACGACAGGACUGCACUUAUACCAAAUUUAGUGCCAGAUAUCUGACUGGACCAGCUUCGAAUAUACCAGUCAAGUGGCAAAAUUGUGACUUUGUAGGCGGUGAAAGUACAGACUGAGUAUGCUGUCCUUUAGUGUUUCCGUUAUGGUUAUUCCACUACUGAUGAGAGGGGUUGUUCCCAUGGACGAUUACCCAUUCAGGAACAUCUCGCUGCCUUGGGAGGACCGAGUAAACGACCUGGUAGGUCGUCUUACUCUCGCAGAGGUCAUGUUCCAGUUGGCGAAGGGGGGUUUUGGGCGCUUCGGCGGACCUGCUCCUCCAAUUAAAAGACUCGGUAUCGGCCCUUAUUCGUGGAACACAGAGUGUCUGCGGGGAGACGCAGAAGCCGGGAAUGCCACGUCUUAUCCACAGGCCAUUGGCCUUGCUGCAGCCUUCAGUACCGACUUGAUAUUUCGAGUGAGUGAGGCCACGGCGGUGGAGGUCCAUGCCAAGUACAACGACUACGUGAAGAAAGGCCAAUACGGGGACCACAAGGGACUGAGCUGCUUCAGCCCGGUCAUCAACAUCCUCAGAGAUCCCAGAUGGGGACGAAACCAGGAAACAUACGGAGAAGAUCCCUAUUUCGCUGGAGAGUAUGCUGCUCAUUUUGUGAGCGGUCUCCAAGGCAACCAUCCUCGAUAUAUUCGAGCAAAUGCUGGAUGCAAGCAUAUUGCAGCUUAUGAUGGCCCCGAGAACCUCCCUGUUUCCAGAAUGUUUUUCGACGCCAAGGUCACCGAACGAGAUCUCAGGACGACCUUUUUACCAGCAUUUCGAAGAUGCGUGAAAGCAGGGACCUACAGCAUUGGAUGUACAUACACAAGUCUGAAUGGGAUUCCCACGUGCGCACACAAGCGUCUGCUGACGGAUAUCCUCAGGAACGAGUGGCACUUCACUGGCUAUGUGUUCAGCGACGAGGGCGCCGUGGAGAACCUCAAAUACGGCCACCACUACGCCAGCAACAUCGUCGACAUGGCCGCCGACUGCUUGAAUGCCGGCUGUAACCUGGAGCUGUCGUCAGACAUCUCUUUCCCGGCCUAUCUCUCCAUUUUGGAAGGAGUAAAACAAAAGAAACUUAAUGAGAGUUUUGUGAGGGAAAGUGUAAAGCCUCUGUUCUAUACGAGAAUGCGAUUGGGCGAGUUUGACCCGCCGGAACUAAAUCCCUACACGAAGUUUGACAUGUCGGAAGUGGAGAGCCCUGAACAUCAAGCAUUGGCAGUUGAGGCGGCGGGAAAGACGUUUGUGCUGCUCAAGAAUGCCGGACACUUUCUCCCUCUGAGGAACAAAUACAAUACUGUCACAAUAGUUGGUCCAAUGGCUAACAACUCGCUGCAACUGUUCGGCGACUACGCUCCGCAGAGUCUACCGCAGUACAUCACCACACCUUUGGCGGGGUUGUCGCCACUUGCCGAGAACAUCAAGUACGCCGAGGGUUGCGACGAUACAAACUGCGCGACGUACGAUGCAGCUUCUGUGAAGAACGCAGUGAGAGACACACAACUCAUCAUCGUCUGUCUUGGAACUGGUCAGGCAGUGGAGAUGGAGAGUCGUGAUAGACACAAUCUGAGUUUGCCUGGAUAUCAACAGCAGCUACUACAGGACGUCGUCGCCAACAGAGGAGGUGCGCCAGUUGUUUUACUUCUCUUCAACGCGUGUCCGCUUAACGUUACCUGGGCAGACGAAAGUGAUGACAUCUCGGCCAUCAUGGAAUGCUUCUUCCCGGCCCAGGGAACAGGGAAAGCCUUGUACAACGUGCUCACCUACCAGAGCAUGGCCUCCCCUGCCGCGAGGCUACCCAACACUUGGCCAAAGUAUUCCAGUGACAUAGGGCUAAUGACCGACUACUCGAUGAUCGGCAAGACGUACCGCUAUUUUAAAGGGGAGACGAUCUAUCCGUUCGGGUACGGGUUGUCCUACAGCCAGUUCAAGUAUGCCGGGCUGACCAUGCAACGUACCAUCGAGGCAGGACAAGACAUCCACGGAUCAGUGACAGUCUACAAUAUAGGAAAAUAUGAUACAGAUGAGGUGGUUCAGUUUUAUAUGUCGUGGGUGAACUCGACGGUCCCCACCCCUCUAAUCCAGCUGGUGUCAUUUUCAAGAGUGUUUCUACAGAGAGGUUCCAACACCAUCGUGCAGUUGACCAUCACCGCCGAACAGAUGGCGGUGUGGAUGGACAACAAGGGGUGGGUCGUCCAAACAGGUCGUAUGAUGGUGUAUGCAGGAGGGCAACAACCACACCAGAUAAAGAGUGUCGGCUCAAAUGUAUUGUCAUGGUCGUUCAAGAUUGUUGGAUUCAAAGUCCUUGGACGUUACUGAUAGAUGUCUUUCUAUUUUUUCUUCUCGUUUUGUUUUGUUGUUGUUUUUUAGGGGUUUUUUCCCCCCUUCUUUUCGUAUAAAUUGUGCAAUCUUGGAAUAUUUUUCAUGGUCGUUCAAGAUUGUUGGCUUCAAAGUCCUUGGACGUUAUUGACAGAUGUCUUUCUAUUUUUUCUUCUUAUUUUGUUUUUGUUGUUUUUUUCCUUCUUCUUUUUCUAUGAAUUGUGCAAAUCUUGGAAUAUGUUUUUUAUGGUCGUUCAAGAUUGUUGGCUUUAAAGUCCUAGGACGUUACUUUUUUAUUUUAGUAUUAGUGUUUCUGAAUUGUGUAAUACUCGAAUGUAUUGUCAUGGUCAAAGUCCUAGGACGUUAUCUUUGUGGUGUUUUUUCUUUCUUUCUUUUUUAAAUCUGAGCAAUAAUCGAAUUCAUUGGAAUUAGGAAGUAUUCAAGGGUUAUUUUUAUUUUUUAUUUUAUUUUUUACAAACAUGGUA